CGGGAGGGCGCGGGAGUCCACUCCGGGAUUUCGGGGGCGCCGCGCGGUGACACAUUGACAUCACGGGGGCGCGGCCGGGCGGCGGGCGGGGGCUGCGCGCUGAAAGGCGGCGGAGCGCGGCCGCCCUCACUCCGGCACGGCGGCGGGACCGGGAGGGCGCGGAGCGGCGCGCGGCUGCCUGCACUGCCCGGGCUGGACCCCGCGCCGCGGCCGCCAAUGUGCCUCGGGAAGCGGGCUGCCUCCUCGCCCUCAGGAUUUCAGAUGCAUGCCAGGUUCCUGCUGAAUGCCAGAAGUAGAGAUCACUACAGAUGGAGCCCCAAAGCCAGCACGGCAGUGGUGGUUCGCUGGUGGUGAUUCAGCAGCCCUCUCUGGACAGCCGGCAGCGGCUGGAGUACGAGCGGGAGAGCCAGCCUACAGCUAUCUUGUCGCUGGACCAGAUCAAGGCGAUCCGCGGCAGCAAUGAUUACACUGAAGGGCCAUCUGUGGUGAAAAAAUCCGGUCCGCGGACGGCACCGAGGCAAGAGAAGCACGAAAGGACUCAUGAAAUCAUACCGAUUAAUGUGAAUAACAAUUAUGAACACAGACCCAGCCACGUGGGGCACGUGGCGCAUCAGCAUAAUGCGAGGGUUCCCGUUUUGAGCAGAUCAACCAGCACGGGGAGCGCGGCCAGCUCUGGGAGCAACAGCAGUGCUUCUUCGGAGCAAGGACUGUUGGGACGGUCACCUCCGUCGUGGCCGGGCCACAGGUCCGAGCGGACAAUCCAGACGCAACCCAAGCAGUCGUCGUUGAUUGUAGAUGAUCUGAAGGGUCCUCUGAAAGAGGACUUGACACAGCACAAGUUUAUCUGCAAACAGUGUGGGAAGUGCAAGUGUGGUGAGUGCACAGCCCCGAGGGCCUUGCCUUCUUGCUUGGCCUGCAACCGGCAGUGCUUGUGCUCGGCGGAGAGCAUGGUGGAGUACGGCACCUGCAUGUGUUUGGUCAAAGGGAUCUUCUACCACUGUUCUAACGACGAUGAAGGGGACUCAUACGCGGAUAAUCCCUGCUCUUGCUCCCAGUCACAUUGCUGUUCUAGGUACCUGUGCAUGGGAGCCAUGUCCUUGUUUUUGCCUUGCUUGCUCUGUUACCCUCCUGCAAAAGGAUGCCUAAAACUGUGUCGAGGGUGUUACGACCGUGUCAAUCGUCCGGGCUGCCGAUGCAAGAACUCCAACACUGUCUAUUGUAAACUGGAGAGUUGCCCCUCCCGGGGUCAGGGCAAGCCGUCAUGAUUUUUGGAGGGAGGUUUACUUCCUCCAACUUUUGAUUUUUCAGGUUGUAGCUGAUAUAUAAAUAUUUUUUCUUCCCUCCCCCCCUUUAGGGGUGUGUAGGGGGGGCUGCUUUCUUUCACCUCCCCCUCCUUCAAAUACACAAGUUAUUCCCUUUGAAUCUUUGUUCUCCUCCUCUAAUUGAGUCAACUGAGUGUGGAGUGUUUUACGUAUAGUCAUUUGCUGCUCUAUGGUAAGUGUGGACUUGGUAUCUGCAUCUGCCACCCACUUUGGCAGGGUCUUCUGAGUCUGUAACUGAACCACUCCUGAAAGAGACAGUGAGGGCUAAUUUGGCUCUUGCAGCUUCUUGCUCUGAAUAUCUUCCCAAAGAUGUUUUUCAUUCUCAGCAAUUUUUUUUUUUUUCCUCUGACCCCCUUGGGUACCUCCAAGGAAUAACUCUCACGAGUGAGCUGGAUUGUGAAAUAACUUCUUGUCUGUGUUCUUUCCGGAGAGGGAUGUAAGGCUUUACCAAACGAAAGGCCUGAUUCUUCAGUAAGCAGCCUGCUUUCUUGUUCGUUUGUUUUCCUUCUUUUUUUGACUUUUGCAACAUUCUCAGUCCUGAGAGUUAGCCAAUUGUUCCUAUUGCUUUGUUUUUAAUUCUUUCUUAACACAACUUCGGUUUUUGCUACACUAUGUAGAUCUUCACAUUGGAGACAUUAUGGCUGCAAAUGUACUUGUUUUUCUCUUGCUGUCAAAUGUUUGAAGGAUAUUGCUCACUCCACCCUUCUCCUGUUGUUUUAGUCCAUCAGUAUCAUGCUGAUAUUAAAGUUGGUGGUGUUCGUGUAUCCAGACAGCCUUCAGGUGUCAUUGAGUCACCUAAAUGUUCUCGAAUCUCUAAUGUUUCUCGUGAUCCUUUGGUUUAGUGGAUUUAGCUCUGCUCUGUACUUUAUAAUUUUAUUCCCUGUUUUAUUGCCUUAGCCACAGAUUGUGGUCCUUUUUUGUAUAUUUUAUGUAUAAAACACAAAGUUGAAUCCCAACUAUUUUUAAGACAAAAGUCUGUUAAAACUUUUUUUAUUGUAAAGAAUAUUUAUUAUGUGAAUCUCUAUUAUUUUAUGAUAUUUAUUGCAAAAAGACUUUGAAAAUGUACUCAUGUCUGAAUAUAACAAAAUAUCAAUACUUAACGAAAUAAGGAUGACACGAAGAAAGUACAUAUGUUAACUAUAAUGCAGAAAAUAUAUUAAUUAAUGAAAAUGGCUCUUGAGUUCUUUUGUUACAACAAGUAGUUGUGAGCAUAUUCUGGGUUCUUGAUUUUUAUUUUUCCUUCCUAGUGGGAUAUCAGGUAGCAAGUAACUUCCUGUUGUUACUUCAAAACCACUAGUCUGUGCUCUAGUUUAGUUUACCUAAUUUUAAGUUUGCUAACUAUUUGUCAAGCAAGGUUUUGCAAUUGGAUGUAUGCAUUGUGCUUAACGUUGCCAGGAGGUAUAGGCCCUGUUUACUUUAACAGCGUUUGGAGAUACAUUUGUGAAGGAGGAAACCAUAGCUUCAAGAGUUUUUCUUUUUUUCUUUUUUAAAGAAUUCCAAAUUAACAUGUAAAAGUACUUUAAAUUUUCCUAUAUGGAACUUCUUGGCUGGUUAAAUUGUAUGUCAGUUGAAGCAAUGAACCUAUUAAGCUCAAAUCUAAAUAAAAACCAAGAGGCAGGAUAUAAAACAACAUUUGUGUUUCUGCAGUUUGCUAGCUUUGAAGGUUGUGUGUGCAUAUGCGAAUGUACGUGUGUGUGUGUGGCUUGCUUGGCUCUUUUCCCAUAGUUUUCCCAAUGUCAACUGAGUCUACCUUGUCUUUAAAUUAAAGGCUCUUAAGGGUGACCCAAGUGUCACGGCUGUUUGUGGCCAUUUAACACGUAUUCAACAAAAAAGCUUUUCAUUAAGAGGUUUCCCCAUUCACUCUUUCUUCUGUCCAUGUGGGUCAAGGCUAACCUCACAAUUCUUUUAAAGUAAAAAGUUUAUUAAAGGGAUGUAAUUGCACAUGGUAUUCAGAGUGAGUGGUUCUAGAGAAACUCCACUUAAGGAGCAUAGUAUAGGUAAUAAUCUGACAAAUGUGUCACUGCAUUUUGAAGUAUUGCUGCUUUGAAUUGUCGUACUCAAGCUGUUGUAACUCGCAGUACACUGAUGAUUUGAGUAAGCUGGGCUUUUGUAGCUAACUCCAUCAAACUUGAUCCAGUGUUGUCUGAGCUGACUGGAAGUUGUGUUCCUUAUUGAAUGGCUUGUAUGAUUUCUGCAAGGUAUACAGUGAAGUUGCAAUAUGAACGCAUCUAAGAAACCAUUUGCUUUGUAGAAUACAGUUGGUAAUACUGCAUGUAAAUGUGACAGAACUUACAGGUGAGGAAGCUGGUGGGAUGGCAGUGUGUAUGUUAAUCUGCUUUCCAAGAUUUGUUCUUCUUGAGAUGAACCAAGGCCAAGAGAAGAAUGUUUCUGAGGAGUAAGUGACUCACUUUGAGCUACUUCCUUAUCACUGAUGCUUCUCCAACAGUGGCAGCUGCAAACAGCCCUCGAGAGAUGAUGAAAUCCUUGUCAAACAGUCACCAUCGGUCAGAUAAGACUGUUUUUAAGACUUACGUAUUGACCAUCAAAAAUACUGAGCCAACUAUGUUUCCAUAACUGGGUACAAUCCAGGUCUGCGUUGAGUAAGCUUGCUUGGAAUGGUGCUGGAUCUUUCUCUUCGAGGAAAGAAAUAGACAUUGUUGGCCUCUGCCUCUUGUUUCCAGCCAUGUACCUGAAGUGGGGAUUUCAAGUUUCUUAGGAGGAACACUUGACCUAUGUGGAUUCAGAAGAUAACUGUUCACUGUAUGUCUUAAUUGUUACUCUAAGCGCUGUGACCCUAGAGAAGGCAGUGUUGAGGCAAUGCAAGUAACACAUUGUUGUAGAUGCUGUAUCUUUUGUAUUUGAUGUACAUCUGUAUUUGAGUUUACUCUUGGGUCCUUCAGAACUCAGAAUGAUUGCCUUAAUGUAUGGAAGUAGAUGCAUUCUCUUGGGCAAAUUUUUGUGAUGUAGAACCUAUUAGAAUCACAUAAGAGCACGUGGAUGUCUUUCUGGGGGUGGUGGGGUUAAGCAAGCUGACAGAUGCAUGAGGUAAGCCUUCCUGACUUGGAGAGACAGAAGCUAUUUUAAAUUUGCUCGAAGUGGUCAGUCAUUAUGGUCAGUUCUACUUCCUACAAUACAGUAACUGGAAUGUACACCUAGAGAUACAGUGUCAUGUAAGGAGCUGAACAGACUUGCCAAAUGCUAAUGGCAAUUUUGAUGACUAGGAGACUGAGUUCUUCAGAGUUUGUCAGUUGCUCAGGUUACUUUCUGCGGGUCAGACUGUCAGAGGUCCAGUGGCUGUUACAAUGUAAAUGAUAAUGAUUUCUUAACCAUUUUCAGAUUGCUUUUAUUUUGGAGGGGGAAAAAAAAAGGCACUUUGUGUGUAAAAGGAUUGGACAUGUGUAAUUAGGCAAGAAGUUCAGCUGACCUACUAACCUAAUUGUAUAGGUCACUGAUGGAUUUGAACAAGCUGGCCAUCUGGUUGUAUGCAGCAGAGUGCUGAAAUUUCUCACGUAAGGUCUGCGAGGAAGGAAAAAGGGAAGCUUCUGCAGGCUGGGAUUCAGUCUGUAUUUGCUUAGCACCUUGAAAACUGUGGUAAGAGGUGAGUUUGGGAAGCAUGUUAGGUUUCCAUGUUCCUUGCUGCAAAGAGUAUAUUGGUAGGGUGAAAAUUUGAGAGUUCAUGUGUUGGGCUAAAGGUAGCUUCAUUACACUAAUUCUAGAGUGGAUGAUAGUGUUAUCCAGGGGGAGGUUAAUGCUUAACAAAUGAAAAGUACUUGCUCUUGUUUACGGUUCCAUAUCAUAAAGACAGGUGGGAGAGGAUUAGCUUCUUUCUCUGUGAUAAAACAAAUCUGUUAAGAGGGAUUAAAAGGGCUACAUGAAAUGUUUUAAUGGACUUAUAUGAUGAGAUUUUUUGUUGUUGUUGUUUGUCCUGAAGGAAUGUUCAGGAUUCACUGAUACUUUUGUGAUUCUUGUUCUGCUAAAAUUACCUCAAGAUGCUAAGGAAUCCUGAAGAACUGUUGGCUUUCUUCCAGCUGGAGCACAGUGGUGCUUCAAGAAACCUGGGAUACAAUUCUGUUCACAUAUCACACAGUUGGAUUUACCAGCCUCAUAAAGUGUGUGGGAGGCACGGCUGUCCUGAUUAGCAUUUGUCAAGUUGCUUUCAGGGUGGAUCAGAAGUAGUUUUCCUUCCUAGCUGCAACGAUUUCUCACCUUUUUCACUGAUAGGAGUAGCCUAUUUAGUAGGUAGCCUGUUAGCCUAGCUUUAUUCCCAGAGUGACAUGUAUUGCUCAGUUUAUAUUUAUGACCAAGAGAUACAAUGCUGUUAUUUUUCCCAGUAUAACACUUGCAGUUGCCACUCUUGCUUCUCCAGGUGAAGGUAUCUUCAGAUGAGAAACUUCCUCAUUUACUAAUUAGUAAAUACAAAUAUGGGACAGAUUUCCUGUAAACCACGCGUACUCUUACUAGGUUUAAGUAUGGAGGGGUGAAACCCAGCCAUACUGUAUGCCAGGAUCUGUCAGUGCUCUUGAUACACACAUGCAUUUGGAAUAAAACCUAAGACUAUAUUGUCAAAGGAAAGAGCGUGCCAUCCCAGGGGAAGGACAUUGUUACAUGUAUUACAAAGGCAGUUACCUUCAGCUUGAAAAUAUAAUUAUUGUGAAUUGCUCAUUUUUUGAAGAAUCAUACAUUUGUCUAACCACUAGAGAAAGGUGUAGUGGUAAGCAUGCCUCUCUUGCGCUGUCUUUGUAUACGUGCACAGUGCUACAACUCUGAAAACAAAUACCCUCCAGAACACAUUGUCAAAAAGCACAAAUGUUUGACAGGGGCUCUACCCCAAAGGGCUGAACAUUGUGUUUGUGCAGUAGGGAAAACAAUGGAGCUCACAUCCUGCCUGACCCUUCGAGGCCACAACCGCAGUAUGGCUGCUUUGGUAACACAGAAUAUUGCUUCUGAAUGAAGUCAACAGAUUUACACCACCUCCUAUGUUCACUCGAGGACAGCGUACAGCCACUAGUAGCUGGUGCCCAGCAGCCAGUACUGAAUGGGUUUCAUCCUGGUGCUGGUUUUCUCUCUUUUUUCUUCUUUUUUUUUCUUUUCUUCUUCUUUUUUUUUUUUUUCUCUCUUUUUUUUUCUCUCUCUUUUUUUUUUCUCUCUAUUUUGCAGCAGUGGCAUUAAUUAGGUUGGUUUACAUGGAAUGCUGUAUUAUAAAUGACUAAGAUUUAUCAGUAUUAACAUGUUCCUAGUUGAUCUGUCAGAGUAACUGGGAAAAGAUGCCGGAAUAUUCUAAGCAUAUGCUGAAAUUAUCUGGUCGAUUAACUCUUUAACAGAUUUUAAAGAAAUUGUGCAUCUUCUGCAGAACACUUCAGGAUUUGGACCAUCUGACAGCCCUUCUGACACUUUGGGGAUUCUUCUUCCCCAUUUUAAGCAGGAAAAAACAUUUUUUGUUGUCUGGCCUGGGAAAGAUCCUCUCAACAGCACUAUUUCUUACUGAUAGUGUUCAGUGAGAUACUUUUGGAUCUACGUACUCUGAGCAAGACACUUGAAGAUGAAAAUGAAUAAACCACUUGCAAGGGACAAAGGAGGAGGUGCUGUGGCUUUUUUCCACUCUCUGAAUUUUGGUACCUUGUUUUCAACAUCCAGGUUUCCCAGCUGCCCCUGCUCAAAAUUCAUUUUCAGCAAAAUGUAUUUCCUAUCCAAAUCCAUUUCCUAUUGUGUCCUGUAUCAUACCUCCUCUUUUCAGAGAAUUGUAUGCUUGUUCGUUAUUCUACAAUGCAGGCAAAGCUCUUCUGGAUGAAAAAAAGCCAUUGUUGUGUGAACCACCUAACCCUCUGCUACUGGGCACCCACUGCUGUAACGUGUUUCUGCAAGAUCUGUCUCUCUUAAAAUCACAGUGAUGACGAUCCUGGUUAGCCAGGGUAGGAAAUACAGCACAGCUGGAUCUCAGGUUUUCAAUUUUGGUUCAAAGUUCAGAUCCAGAUAUGAACUGUGCCAAAAUUUGACAGCACAUAGAGUCUGGGCUUAGGUUUACUAACCUGCAGAGCUACGUAAGGAAACACUGUUACAGUUGGAAAUGCAUCAUUUAUGCUGUAAUAAUCAGUCAAAGGAUCACUGUAGGAGCAAGUGGUGGACAUAAAUUGGGUCCUUCUGGAGUCUCGUAUAUCUUUUUGUGUGAGGUUUUCAAAUCUUGAGUCGGUAGGCUUGCUUUCCCCUUUCUAUCUCUUGCCGUAUGUUGGAGCAGGAGCAUUCACGUGGUGAUUCCUCUCUCAUUCAUCACAUCACUGCUGCCAGGUGCAGAUAGCAUCCCCUGUAGUCGCUAAUCCGGCUUGCUCUGCCUGCUGACAACUCUAAUGUACUUGGCUGGGGACAACUUUAUCUGUUCUGGUGGCAAAAACUGCAAUAUCUCUUUACCAAGUAGCUCAGAGCAUUUUGAGCUUGUACUGAAAACGCAUUCUUUUCAUAAGGAAUGACAAAAAAAUCUCAGAGGAAAGCAUUUCCCUUUGCUGAGGGGAAGACCGAGGUGUGAGGGCUGCACAGAGCCGCGCUGUGAGGCAGCAGCUCUCCUGUUUGCAGUGUGGUGUUCCACCGUAAAGUCACUCUUCUGUACAGGAAGCUGAAUGAAUGAAUAAAUGAAUGAAUGAAUGAAUGGGGAAGGCAGUCAGCAUCUGCCAUUGUAGCACUUUCUGGAGAGUAUUUAUAAAUCGGAUGUUGUAACGUGCCACAGGCUGUGUAGGUGUGUGCCUCUGACUGCACUGAUUUGGAAGUGAUAAUACUCCUAUGUGGAAAGAUACGUGAUGAUAGCACAGGGGCCAAUUGUAAGUGCCCUUGGUAUAACGUGCUGUGCAGUACGAACAGCUUCAUGUUUGUCAGUUUGGGGUUUGUUAAUAUUUGGAAAUGGCAGUGAUCCUGAUCGUCGGGAGUCUGGAGAUGUGGGAAACGAGGCAGGGCUCUAAAUACGACAAGGGGCUCGCGGGGCUGGAAGCUAGAGCCAUAUCCUAUGGCCUUCUAAUUAAAAACCUUUAUUUCCACAGAUUUAUUCUGUGGGCCUUACUAAAUAGAUCAGCCUUGGGUUUCUAAUGGUGAAUAUUU